AUGCCACCCCCAAAGCUACUCCUCUUCACAGCUCCACCGCCAUCAUCAACACUCACAGAAUCAUCCUGCUCACUACACACCUUCGACAAACCCUUCCAAGACCUCCUCGGACUAAACGACCCCCCCGAUAACAACACCACUCCCCAAACACAAUACACAGCAUGGCGUUCCCUACCACUCGCCCGACAGCCCCUCCACAGCAGCUUCAGCCAAGUCCACACUCACCACCGUGACACUCAAAACAGCCCAGCAUUCUUCACAACCGCCGACGCCACUAUCGACCUCACAACCGCACAAGACAAGGAACCCCAAGAUCUACUAACUCAAUUCUGCGAACAAUCCCUCGCGGUGCACAACUCCCCAGAGGAUAGUUUCCAAACCGAAACCUCCUUCGUAACAUCCUAUUCAGAGGACGAACAACCCACGCCUCCUCUGCCAGCACACCUCUCCGACCUGGAAGACAUCCCGCCCGCCAAACAAGUCACCGCCCUACAACCGCAGACCAUAACAGUAAACCUCAUAGUGGGCGUGUUGUCCGUCGCACAGCCCCGAACCGUAACUACCAGAUGGGGCAGCACGCUCUCCCUGAUAGAGGUGCUCGUGGGUGAUGACACGGCCACAGGCUUCGCAGUCACGUUCUGGGUGCCGGCGGAUAAAGUUGCUGAAAGCGAUGCUGUCAAGCUAAGACGACAGGAUGUCGUGCUGUUGGAGAAUGUGGCGCUGCAUGUGUUUAGGGGGAAAGUGUAUGGACAGAGUCUACGACGAGGUCUGACGAAGCUGCAUCUGCUGUGGAGGGGAGAAGGGGGAGGGUCGUACUCGACGAGGAGCUUGAGGAGUGGUGAGAACCCGCAGGUUGAGAAGACGAGGGUGGUGAGGGAGUGGGUGUUGCGGUUUGUUGGGCUGGAUAGGGGGUUGGGAAAGGGGGUUGAUUGGGAUAAACCGCCGGAUGAUACGCAACUUUUAUACUGA